GGCCAGGGCUGGAGGAGGCAGCCACACGCGCACACACGCACACGCUCGGAGGAGGCGAGAGGCAGCGGCACGGGCUCCAUCUGCAGUGUCAAUGCGGCGCUCCCGCUGAAGGAGGCGAACGCCGUCCUGCCAGGGAGGCUUCACCCCUGGGUCCUGGCUCUCUGCGGAGAUAGCCGUGCCCAGUGCUGCCCUGCCUCUGGGCCCCAUUGUUGGGCUCCGAAAUGAAAUCCAUGCCCUGGAACUGGACUUGCUUGCUGUCCCACCUCCUGAUGGUGGGCAUGGGCUCCUCCACGCUGCUCCCCCGCCAGCCGCCUCCGCCCUCGCCACCCCAGAAGAGGUCCUUGGUCACUUUCCGCGGGGACCCCGCCGAGGGCUUCAACCACCUGGUGGUAGACGAGAGAACUGGGCACAUUUACUUGGGGGCUGUCAACCGGAUCUACAAGCUCUCCAGCGACCUGAAGGUCCUAGUGACCCACCAGACGGGGCCGGAUGAGGACAACCCCAAGUGCUACCCGCCCCGCAUCGUGCAGACGUGCACGGAGCCCCUGAGCCCCACCAACAACGUCAACAAAAUGCUACUGAUCGACUACAAGGAGAACAGGCUGAUCGCCUGUGGGAGCCUGUACCAGGGCAUCUGCAAACUCCUGCGUCUGGAAGAUCUUUUCAAACUGGGGGAGCCCUUUCACAAGAAGGAGCACUACCUGUCGGGCGUCAAUGAGAGCGGCUCUGUCUUCGGGGUCAUCGUGUCCUACAGCAACCUGGACGACAAGCUGUUCAUCGCCACGGCGGUGGACGGCAAACCUGAGUACUUCCCCACCAUCUCCAGCCGCAAGCUGACCAAGAACUCCGAGGCCGACGGCAUGUUUGCCUACGUCUUCCACGACGAGUUCGUGGCGUCCAUGAUCAAGAUCCCUUCAGACACCUUCACCGUCAUCCCCGACUUUGACAUCUACUAUGUCUACGGCUUCAGCAGCGGCAACUUCGUCUACUUUCUGACCCUGCAGCCCGAGAUGGUGUCGCCCCCGGGCUCCACUACCAAGGAGCAGGUGUACACCUCCAAGCUGGUGAGGCUCUGCAAGGAGGACACGGCCUUCAACUCCUAUGUGGAGGUGCCCAUCGGCUGUGAGCGCGGUGGUCUGGAGUACCGCCUGUUGCAGGCAGCCUACCUAUCCAAGGCGGGGGCCGUGCUGGCCAGGACGCUGGGGGUCCGCCCGGAUGAUGACCUGCUCUUCACAGUCUUCUCCAAGGGCCAGAAGCGGAAGAUGAAGUCUCUGGAUGAGUCUGCCCUGUGCAUCUUCAUCCUGAAGCAGAUCAAUGACCGCAUCAAGGAGCGGCUGCAGUCCUGCUACCGGGGUGAGGGCACGCUGGACCUGGCCUGGCUCAAGGUCAAGGACAUUCCCUGCAGCAGUGCGCUCCUAACUAUUGAUGAUAACUUCUGCGGCCUGGAUAUGAAUGCCCCCCUGGGUGUGUCGGAGAUGGUUCGUGGCAUUCCUGUCUUCACGGAAGACAGGGACCGCAUGUCCUCUGUCAUCGCUUACGUCUACAAGAACCACUCCUUGGCCUUCGUGGGCACCAAGAGCGGCAAGCUGAAGAAGAUCCGGGUGGAUGGGCCGAGAGGCAAUGCCUUGCAGUACGAAACGGUGCAGGUGGUAGAUCCUGGCCCCGUCCUCAGGGACAUGGCCUUCUCCAAGGACCAUGAGCAUCUCUACAUAAUGUCUGAAAGGCAGCUCACCAGAGUCCCAGUGGAGUCCUGUGGCCAGUACCGGAGUUGCAGUGAGUGUCUCGGCUCUGGGGAUCCCCACUGUGGCUGGUGUGUGCUCCACAACACGUGCACCCGUAAGGAGCGCUGCGAGAGGUCCCAGGAGCCCCGUAGAUUUGCCUCUGAAAUGAAGCAGUGUGUCCGGCUGACUGUCCACCCCAGCAACAUCUCCGUGUCUCAGUACAAUGUCCUGCUCGUCCUGGAGACUUACAAUGUCCCAGAGCUGUCAGCUGGUGUCAACUGCACCUUUGAAGACCUGUCAGAGAUGGAUGGGCUGGUGGUCGGCAAUCAGAUCCAGUGCUACUCUCCUGCAGCCAAGGAGGUUCCCCGGAUCAUCACAGAGAAUGGGGACCACCACAUAGUCCAGCUGCAGCUCAAGUCCAAGGAGACAGGCAUGACCUUCGCCAGCACCAGCUUUGUCUUCUACAACUGCAGCGUCCACAAUUCCUGCCUGUCUUGUGUAGAGAGUCCAUACCGCUGCCACUGGUGUAAAUACCGACAUGUCUGCACCCAUGACCCUAAGACUUGUUCCUUCCAAGAAGGCCGGGUGAAGCUGCCUGAGGACUGUCCCCAGCUGCUACGUGUGGACAAGAUCCUGGUGCCUGUGGAGGUGAUCAAGCCCAUCACGCUCAAGGCCAAGAACCUGCCACAGCCUCAGUCUGGGCAGCGCGGAUACGAGUGCAUCCUCAGCAUUCAGGGAAGUGAGCAGAGGGUGCCCGCCCUACGCUUCAACAGCUCCAGCGUGCAGUGCCAGAACACCUCUUAUUCCUAUGAAGGUAUGGAGAUCAACAGCCUGCCCGUGGAGCUGAUGGUCGUGUGGAAUGGCCACUUCAACAUCGACAACCCAGCUCAAAACAAAGUGCAUCUGUAUAAGUGCGGUGCCAUGCGUGAGAGCUGCGGGCUGUGCCUCAAGGCGGACCCGGACUUUGAGUGUGGCUGGUGCCAGGCCCAGGGCCAGUGCACCUUGCGCCAGCACUGCCCACUUCACGAGAGUCCAUGGCUGGAGCUGUCGGGUGCCAAUAGCAAAUGCACAAAUCCCCGCAUCACGGAGAUAAUUCCAGUGACUGGCCCCCGGGAAGGUGGCACAAAAGUCACCAUCCGAGGGGAGAACCUGGGCUUAGAAUUCCGGGACAUUGCUUCCCAUGUCAAGGUGGCUGGUGUGGAGUGCAGCCCACUGGUGGAUGGCUACAUCCCAGCUGAACAGAUUGUGUGUGAAAUGGGAGAAGCCAAACCCAGUCAGCACGCUGGCUUUGUGGAAAUCUGUGUGGCUAUAUGUCGACCCGAGUUUAUGGCCCGGUCCUCACAGCUCUACUACUUCAUGAUGCUGACGCUCUCAGACUUGAAGCCUAGCCGGGGACCCAUGUCAGGGGGCACUCAAGUGACCAUCACAGGCACCAACCUGAAUGCUGGCAGCAACGUGGUGGUGACGUUUGGGAAGCAGCCCUGCCUUUUCCACAGGCGCUCCCCCUCCUACAUCGUCUGCAAUACCACAUCCUCAGAUGAGGUGCUGGACAUGCAGCUGACAGUGCAGGUGGACAGGGCCAAAAUCCACCAUCAGGACCUCACCUUCCAGUAUGUGGAGGAUCCUACAAUCGUGCGGAUCGAGCCAGAGUGGAGCAUUGUCAGUGGAAACACACCCAUCGCCGUGUGGGGGACAAACCUGGACCUCAUACAGAAUCCCCAGAUCCGGGCCAAGCACGGAGGGAAGGAGCACAUCAAUCUCUGCGAGGUUCUGAAUGAGACUGAGAUGACCUGCCAGGCACCUGCCCUCACCUUGGGCCCUGAGCACCAAUCUGAUCUGACUGAGAGGCCUGAGGAGUUUGGCUUCAUCCUGGAUAAUGUCCAGUCCCUCCUCAUCCUCAACAAGACCAACUUCACCUACUACCCCAAUCCAGUGUUUGAGGCCUUUGGACCCUCAGGCAUCCUAGAGCUUAAGCCUGGCACACCCAUCAUCCUAAAGGGCAAGAACCUGAUUCCACCAGUGGCUGGGGGCAACGUGAAGCUGAACUACACGGUGCUGGUUGGGGAGAAGCCGUGCACCGUGACAGUGUCAGACGUGCAGCUACUGUGCGAGUCCCCCAACCUCAUCGGCAGGCACAAAGUGAUGGCUCGCGUCGGGGGCAUGGAGUACUCCCCUGGGAUGGUGUACAUCGCUCCGGACAGCCCGCUCAGCCUCCCCGCCAUUGUCAGCAUCGCUGUGGCUGGUGGGCUCCUCAUCAUCUUCAUCGUGGCGGUGCUCAUCGCCUACAAACGCAAGUCUCGCGAGAGUGACCUGACAUUAAAGCGGCUGCAGAUGCAAAUGGAUAACCUGGAGUCCCGUGUGGCCCUGGAGUGCAAGGAAGCCUUCGCCGAGCUGCAGACAGAUAUCCACGAGUUGACCAGCGACCUGGAUGGAGCUGGGAUUCCCUUCCUGGACUACAGAACCUACACCAUGCGGGUGCUGUUUCCAGGAAUUGAGGACCACCCUGUUCUCCGGGACCUGGAGGUGCCGGGCUACAGGCAGGAGCGUGUGGAAAAGGGCCUGAAGCUGUUCGCCCAGCUCAUCAACAACAAGGUGUUCCUGCUGUCUUUCAUCCGCACGCUGGAGUCCCAGCGCAGCUUCUCCAUGCGUGACCGUGGCAAUGUGGCCUCGCUCAUUAUGACGGUGCUGCAGAGCAAGCUGGAGUAUGCCACCGAUGUGCUCAAGCAGCUGCUGGCUGACCUGAUCGACAAGAAUCUGGAAAGCAAGAACCACCCCAAGCUGCUGCUCAGGAGGUGAGGGGCUGAGG